AUGCAGAAAGUGCAAGAGUAUCAUAAGAACAUGGAUUUGCUACAAGCAUUGUAUGCAAAGGAAAAUCGGACAACAUUUGAGGAGGGUGUGAUUGAGACACUAACAGCAUGGGUAGCGGCGGAUUCGCUUGACGAGUAUGUGCGAAUUAGUGAAAGCACAGUUCGAAUAGCAUUGAUGAAAUUCACGAAGGGGGUCAUCACGAAAUUUGGUGCGGAGUACUUGAGACGGUCUACUCCAGACGAUUUGGCUAGACUACUCAGAUUCGGUCAUCACGAAGGGGGUCAUCACGAAAUUUCCGGGCAUGGACAAUAUCAAGGAAGAGCUGGUGUUGCUACUUUAGUUCUUGAAGCUGUUGCUGAUCGUGACUUAUGGAUAUGGCAUUCUUUCUUCGGGAUACCAGAUUCGUGCAAUGACCUAAAUGUUCUUCACCGAUCUCUUGUGUUUAGGGAUGUUUUAGAAGGUCGAGAACCACCCGUGCAGUUUACGGUGAAUGGUAACCAAUAUGAUAAGGGUUAUUAUCUCACUGAUGGUAUAUAUCCGAAUUGGGCAACAUUCAUUCAAUCAGUUACAUGUCCUCAAACUCUCAAGGACAAGUUAUUUGCUCAACACCAAGAAGGAGCUCGAAAAGAUGUAGAAAGAGCAUUUGGGGUGCUGCAAUCUCGGUUUGCUAUUGUUCGUAGACCAUCCCUCGCAUGGGAUGAGGAAAUUCUCAAUGACAUCAUGUUGUCUUGCAUUAUCAUGCACAACAUGAUUGUGGAAGAUGAACGAGAUACGUAUGCACACUACACAGAUACUACCGAAUUCACUACCAACAUAAGUAAUAAUAGGGACGAAUUUGAAUAUUAUCAUGAUCGAAUCGUAGAUAUCAACCAGUACAUGGCCAAUAGAGAUGCAGUUGAAGAUCAACAUGUGCAUCAUUCCUUGAAACGUGAUUUGGUUGCCAAUAUAUAG